AUGGAAACGCAAACCGUCUUGGCAUCGCGCGAAUCCGGACGGAGCUCGGAGAGCAGCUCCUCCUUGGAUGCCGUCGCCAACGAAAAACAGAAGCUGGCGGCGCACGACAGCCUGCCUGACCUCGAGAAUUCGGCGUCCCCCAAGAGAUGGAAGACGUUUUGGAAGUCCUUCCGAUACCUUCACAAUUUGACGCCCAAGCAAGUCGAUGACUUUAUGGCUUCCUACGUCAUCUACAACCUCGACUGGUCGGAUGAGAAGCAGAUGGUCGAGACGCUGGGACCGAACUAUCAGGAGAAGGUUGGCGAUUGUCUCAAGGCGUACUAUGGCGUCCUCAACCAUCUCUGUGCGUUGGGCGAUGUGGAGAAGAUGUAUAUUCCGCCGUAUAUGAGCAAGAAGGCGACCGUGCUGGAGAACCAGCUGUUGUAUGAAGAGUCAAUUGCGCAGGAUAUCGGCUUGUCGCCGGGCGCUAAAGUGCUGGAUUUGGGCUGCGGGCGCGGGCGGGUGGCCGCCCACAUGACGCAAUACUCGGGCGCGCAAGUCACCGGCCUCAACAUCGACCCCAACCAGAUUGCUCAGGCACGCUCCUACAACGAGGAGCUUGGCUUCGCCUCCAAUUCCUUUGUCGUCCAGGAUUUCAACAGCUUGCCCCUUCCCUUUGAAGAUGCCAGCUUCGAUGCUUUUUACCAGAUCCAGGCCCUGAGUUUGUGCAAAGACCUCCCCACCCUUUUCCGCGAGAUCUACCGCGUUCUCAAGCCCGGCGCCAAAUUCUCCUGCCUCGACUGGGUCAGCCUGCCUGACUAUGACCCCUCCAACCCUGAACAUGCCGAACUUAUGAGUCGCGUGAAGCCUCUCAUUGGCGCCGUUGGUACUCCCACGCCGGAGAGCCUCGAGAAAGCCCUCACAGACGCCGGCUUCAAAGUCCUGCGCUCUGACAAUGCCAGUGUCGGAGGCUUGCAAGCCCCGCUCAUCGACAAGGUCGAUUUCUACUUCCGUUCAAUGCGCCAGCUUAUCCUGGGCCUCGUCAAGGCCCACAUGCUCCCCAAACAUUUCAAGACCCUGAUCAAUCGCCUGUGCCUCGAUGGCGAGGCGUUUGUGAAGAUGGACAAAAUGCGAUUAGUAUCGACGAGCUACCGAAUCAUCGCACAGAAGCCUCGUCAAUAG